AAAAAGACUUAGAACUUCAAAAUCAAAUCAAACUGUAUAUUAUCAAAGGGAGAAGGUUUGAGGGGUUUGGGUAGCAUCAAGUGGAAGUGGCCCAGCAUAUGCCUAUCUAGCAAUUGAAGCUUUAGCUGAUGGAGGAGUGGCUGCAGGUCUUCCACGAGAACUUGCAUUAGGACUAGCUUUUCAGACACAUCAAUGGUUACAAAAUCAAGUAAGCAUCCUGGUCAGCUCAAAGAUGAUGUAAUUUCACCUGGCGGUACCACAAUCGCUGGAAUUCACGAAUUGGAGAGGGGUGGCUUUCGAGGGACACUGAUGAAUGCUGUUGUCGCCGCUGCUAAGAGGAGCCGAGAGCUUUCCCAGAGCUAAAGCUGUUUGAUAUUUCUUUCCCAAAUCAUUAUCGCAGUCAAUAUAUGGGAAUUAAUAUCUUAUAGUAAG